AACACUAGUAGUUCUAGAAAAUUCGGGUACGAGCGAGUGCGGCAGCCGGCGUUCGAUUGCGAAGCGAAUUGCGAUUGAUUGAGCGAUUGUCUAGCAACGUGUUGUUGUCGCGUUUCGUGAGAAAAUUACAUUUAACAAAUUCCAGAGCUGAAAUUCACAAAAAUUUCCCAUCAUCAUGGCUGCUAUGUCCGUGAUUGGUAUAGAUUUUGGAAAUGAAUCUUGCUAUGUUGCUGUAGCAAAAGCAGGUGGUAUAGAGACAAUAGCCAAUGAUUACAGCCUUCGAGGAACUCCGUCAUGUGUUGCAUUUUCACCAAAAAAUCGAAUAUUGGGAGUUGCUGCCAAAAACCAAAUGGUCACAAAUAUGAAAAAUACUGUUUUUGGCUUUAAAAGAUUAUUAGGUAGAAAAUUUUCAGAUCCACUAGUGCAAAAAGAGUUAAAGCACUUCCCAUUCAAAGUGGAGCAAAGAGCGGAUGGUGGUAUUGGGAUUAGAGUAAACUAUCUUGGAGAAGACAAUGUUUUCAGUCCUGAACAAAUUACUGCAAUGCUGUUUACAAAGCUGAAAGAUACUGCAACCACAGCUCUGCAGACUCAGAUCAAUGACUGUGUCAUAUCAGUGCCCAGUUACUUCACAAAUGCAGAAAGAAAUGCUCUUUUAAAUGCUGCUUCUAUUGCUGGAUUAAAUGUAUUGCGUUUAAUGAAUGAAACUACUGCCACUGCUUUAACAUACGGCAUUUAUAAACAGGAUUUACCUGCUCUUGAAGAAAAGCCCCGAAAUGUUGUAUUUGUAGAUUUUGGGCAUAGCUCACUGCAGGUAGCUGCAUGUGCUUUCAAUAAAGGGAAAUUGCGGGUGUUGGCCACUGCGACAGAUUCACAAUGUGGAGGCAGAGAUAUAGACAGUGCUCUUGCUGAAUACUUCUGCCAAGAUUUUGUGUCCAGAUACAAGUUGGAUCCUAAGAAAAACCAGAGGGCCUACCUGCGCCUGCUGCAAGAGGUGGAGAAGUUGAAGAAGCAGAUGUCUGCGAACAGCACGCGCCUGCCGCUCAACAUCGAGUGCUUCAUGGAGGAGCGCGACGUGUCCGGCGACAUGCAGCGCUCGCAGAUGGAGCAAAUCUGUGCCGACACCUUCACCAAGGUGGAGAGGACUUUGCGGGCGAUACUCCACAAUGCUAAGCUCCGACCUGAGGAUAUUUACUCCGUGGAGAUAGUUGGUGGAUCUACUAGAAUUCCUGCUGUGAAAGGAUUGAUUGAGCAAGUUUUUGGAAAGCAAGCUUCUACUACUUUGAACCAGGACGAGUCGGUGUCGCGGGGCUGCGCGCUGCAGUGCGCCAUGCUGAGCCCGGCGGUGCGCGUGCGCGAGUUCAGCGUGACGGACGCGCAGCCCUACGCCGUGCGCCUGGCCUGGGACGCCGCGCGCGGCGAGGACGGCGACAUGGAGGUGUUCCCUGCUUUCCAUGCAGCACCAUUUUCGAAGAUGCUUACAUUCUACAGAAAAGAACCCUUCACUGUUAGCGCCUAUUAUUCCGAUCAAGUACCAUACCCGGAUACAUUUAUUGGUCAGUGGCACAUAAAGGAUGUGCAACCGACAGCAGAAGGAGAGUCUCAGAAGGUGAAGCUCAAAGUCCGCGUGAACAUUCACGGAAUCAUUACGGUCGCUUCCGCGUCUCUCGUUGAAAAGAAACAAGACGCCGCCCAAAACGACAAUGUCGAAAUGGAGAACUCCAAUGAGAACGUAACUAGUAGCCAGGAGGCGCCCAUGGAGACCAACGGCAGCCAAGAGCAACCUCAAAACGGGCCCGAUAACCAAGAGGUGAGAGAGGACGAAAUGAAGGGCGAGCCGCAACAAAAACAGUCGUGGACACAGAGAGUAGGCCAGUGGUUCAGCGGGGAUAAGUCCAAAGAUAAGUCCAAAAAGGUUAUAGUUAAAACUGUGGAAUUGCCGAUAGAGGCCCGCACUCAUGGAUAUUCCCAGCAGGAGCUGAACAGCUAUAUGGAGCAAGAGGGUAAAAUGCAAGCUCAGGACAGACAGGAGAAGGAGCGUGCGGACGCGCGCAACGCGCUGGAAGAGUACGUGUACGAGCUACGCGGCAAGCUGUCUGAGGGCGAGACGCUGCACGACUUCGUGGCCGACGAGCAGCGCGGCAAGCUGGUCGGCCAGCUCGACGCGCUGGAGCAGUGGCUCUACGACGAGGGCGAGGACCAGAACAGACAGGUAUACAGCGACAAGCUGACCGAGCUUCGGACUGAAGGCGAGCCGAUAAAACAGAGGCGCCUCGAAUUCGAACUACGGCCAGGCGCGUUAGACGACCUAGCUCUCGCUGUUCAACUAGCUAAUAAAGCCGUUGACCUUUACAAGUCGGGCGACGCGAAGUACGCGCACUUGGCCGAGGCCGACAUCCAGAAGGUGGCGGAGGCGUCCAAGAACGCGCUCAACUGGCUCGAGAGCGCGCGCCAGGCGCUCGCGCACGCGCCGCGCCACCAGCCGCCGCCGCACACCACGCACCAGAUCCGCCAGGAGCGCCAGAAUCUUGAGAACACCGUGAACCCUAUCCUAAACAAGCCGAAGCCGAAGGAGAAGACGCCGCCGCCCAGCAACCCCACGGCGGGCGACGGGCAGCCCGGCGCCGCGCCGUCGGAGCCGCCGGCGCCCGAGCACAUGGACGUGGAGUGAUCCGCACAUAUGAGACUAAAUAAUUAAUAACUACACCACUAGCGUCAACUCUCAUGCUCGUUUUGCACAUCACUCGAUACGGUACCCCCUUGCGGCCGAUAGAACAAUGUUUGUUAGCGCGACACGCCGUUGUCCCAUAUUGUUUGUGGUUCACACGAAACGUUGCCCCACUUGCACUAUUCUGUAAUUGAUUUCAUCUGUUUUAUUGUUAUUUAGUCUUGAUGUGAAAUGUCUGCUCGUUUUUGAGCACUGUUAAAAUAUAGAUAAUAUUUAUUUUUAAUUCAGAUGACAGUAUGGCCGGUCAUAUUUCGUGUGUUACAGCCUUACUUUCUUUUUAUUUCCAGCUGAAAUAACUUGAUUAUUUAUAGGAAUAAAUAUUAGUCGCGCAUUUCUUAUUUUGACGUAACCCAGACUAGUAUUAAUUUAACACAAUAUUAUGUAUGUAACGUGUUCAUAUUUUGUUAAAAUUUAUAAAUGUAUAUAUGCUUAGUGCAUUUUACUGCAAUACGCAGGUUCCCUGAAAUGUGAUAAAUCAAUUGAAUUUAGUCACUGGAUUAUUAGCAAAUUAAUUACUACUCCAGGGCGUUGUUAAACCGUAAAUUUGUCUCUUGAUUUACAUAUUAUAUCGAACUUCGAGAAAACAUUGCGUAACUUAACGAGGUACCUAAGCUACGCAAUUUGAAAAAUAAAUUCAUUAAAUACUUGUCUGCAUUUAAAUAUUUUCUGCAAAAUUGUGUACUCAAUGUUCUGCAUUUUAUCUUUAGCUGCUAUUUAUGAUCUAAAUGCUAUUUUCCUGGGAAUUUAUUCUCAUUUCAUGUUUUAUUCGUGCUUAAAACUAAGAUUUCUUUAAGAUGUUGUAUUCGAUCCAAACAUCAAACUACCGACUUCCCUCCUUAACCGUGGUAAAAACCCUAGUAUGUGCGUAUACUGUUGUUUCGAAGUUCUACUGCCCACGAAAUCGUUAAAAAUAGUGCCAUGUAUUCCCGGCAAUUUUUGAAUAAAUUAUGAUUUAACUUCCCUGAUUAUUGUUGCAAUAUUAAUUCAUUUUCACUUAUUUACUUCAUAAUUACCAAUUUUUUUUAUCAAACAGUUACAUUAUGAACUGAUAGAUCUUAUUGGCUUCGCAAGUGCACAGUAUUGGAAAUUGGUGUGUGAUUGAUUUAUAGAAUAUUAACAAUACAAUUUAUAUGAAUUACAUUAUUAGAAUCGUAAAAUCUUCAAUAACGUGUAAUCUCAGCUAUUUCUGUUCUGUGGCGCGGGCUUUACAAGAACAAGGAUUCCACUUCUGGCGUGAAUUUAUUUUCAGAUUCCAUUAAAUUUAUUCUAAUCAUUGUACUAGGUUUAUUUGGCCUAUUUUUGUACAUUUACAAAUAAAAUGGUUCGACCAUUUUAAUAAUAUGUUACUUGCGCAUUUUUAAUGUUAAAAGCUUAGUAAAUGAAUGAUUUAACAAUGCA